AUGAGCGCACGCCAACCGUUAGGCUCGACGUCGAACAACAACAAUGGCCACCCUCAUCGAGUGCAGCCUCAAGGUUUGACGUUUGCAAAUCAUGGAUCGACUGCAAAAACAAGGACGGAAUUGUUGGAGAAUCGGAAAAAACAAUAUGCCGAGGAAGCUUUGAAAGGUCAACCGACCUCACCCAAGUUGAUGAAUCAUCAGAGAAGAAGUGUAUUUACGGUUGGUGAAACGAUACGAAAUAUUGCUCCACCAACACAAGAUAAAUUAUUUGAAAAUGCUUCUGUGCCUUUUACAUAUUUGAGGGAUAGUUCUCCGCAAUCACAAUAUUUUAACGAACCAAAAUCACCGAAACGAUUGUUGGAACGGAGUCCCAUUGUUGUCACACGAGAGAAAAAAAAGCAUCUUACAGAAAAUAUUAAUAGGACGAAUAUUAAUGGUGUUGAUAAGGGAGGAAAUUCAUGUUCUUUUGGACAUGUGCCUUUGGCUGAUGUAAAAUAUUGGUAUUAUUUAUUUAAUGAGAGGUCGGCUUUGGACGAUCCCUCUAUUCCACUGUACAGCAGUUUCAAUAAGGACAAUAAGUUUAACCCACUUAAGGAAAAAAUUUUGCAAAAAUCUAGCAUGAACACCAGACAAUCGUCACCCGAAAAGAAACCGUUCAAUGCAAGCGAAUACUUUACAAAUCCCCAUCAUGCAAGAAGAACUACCUUCCCUUCAACAUUAAUGGUGGAUGGUACUUCUGCUCACAAGGACAAUUUGCCUGUUGUUCAUGGAGAAAAAGAACAUUUUUUGCAGCGCCAAAAUUAUGGAUCAUCAACUGUACCAACUCCCCAAACUACCUCACAACCCAAUUCGAGGCCUUCAUCUGCCUCCAUAACGCUAAGAAAAAAGCCAAACAGCGUCACACUUCCUGAACGACCCAUGAGUGCCAGAGUUUCAAGAGGGAUUGUCAGCUCAAAAGAAGAACCAAUCGAGUAUCCAGUUCAUCAAGUGAAUCAAAUAAGAUCUUAUUCUCCCGAAGUUGCACUCACCUCCCCGUCUGUUUCUAGAAUUGAAGAACUCUCUGAUGUGGCAACAAAGCCAAGUGGAACGUUUGCAAAUUUCUUUUCUCCAGCAUUGCCUGCCAAAACCCAACGACCUUCAGCCACCUCCUAUGGUGUGAGAAAAGAAGCCCCAAGCAACCAUACUUAUUCGUCCACCUACUCCUCUGAUACCUCAUCUCGGCUAAGCUCAAGAAAUUCCUUCCAAGGAAAACCUAUCGAGACACCAUCAGCAAGAGUCGUCGAACGAAAGCGACCGCAAUCAUCUUAUUCUCCUAAAAAGCCCGAAUUCACAUUAUCCAAAAGACCUUCCUCUGCUGUUUUGUCAUAG